CAACACCUCCAACCAACCCCACAACAAUGGCAUCGAAACUCAGUCCAUUCGCUUUGAGAUCGAGCUUCCGGGCAGUGCGGAGGGUACAGAGGCCUCAAUGGCGCUCCUUCUCCGCCACCCCGCUCGCCAGGAGCGACGCGCUCGCUGUGCAUAGAGACACUCCGGAAAAUAACCCUUCGAUACCCUUCAAGUUCAACGAGCAGAGCGAGAAGCUUGUCCAGGAGGUCCUUGCCCGCUACCCGAGCCAGUACAAGAAGGCCGCCGUCAUGCCUCUCCUCGACCUCGGCCAGCGCCAGCACGGCUUCACCAGCAUCAGCGUCAUGAACGAGGUUGCGCGCAUCCUGGAGAUGCCCCCCAUGCGUGUCUACGAAGUUGCGACCUUCUACACCAUGUACAACCGGUCCCCUGUGGGCCGCUUCCACGUCCAGUGCUGCACUACGACGCCCUGCCAGCUCCGUGACAGCGAUGGCAUCAUGAAGGCCAUUGAGGAGGAGCUCGGAAUUGAGCAAGGCCACACCACCAAGGACGGACUCUUCACGUUCAGCGAGGUCGAAUGCCUCGGCGCCUGCGCGAACGCUCCCAUGGUUCAGAUCAACGAUGACUACUACGAGGACCUCACCCCCGAGACCACCAAGUCCCUUCUGAAGGCGCUGAGGGAUGCGGCCAAGCAGACGGGUGCUGGCAGCGGAGCUGCAGGUCUGGCCGGCGAGGCUGGAAAGGGUGCCGUUACUGGCCAGGACAGCAGCGUCAAGGCGGGCAACGAGAUCAACGAGCAGGGCAGGUCGUACAGCGCGCAAGGCGUCAAGAUCCCCACCCCCGGUCCGUUGAGUGGCAGGCAGACGUGCGAGCCUGCGACGGGUCUCACCUCGCUCACGAGCGAGCCCUGGAGCACUGAGGUUUUCAGGAAGGAUGGUGUUCUUGAUUAAGCUUUUUGUACAUGGUACUGUAGGUAUUCAAAGUCUUGUUGUUAAUUCCUUCGAUCUCAGCACAUGGGUUGGUCAACGUGAUAUAAACUGUCUCUGCGCGCCACUCACUUUGGCGGAGAAGGUGAGGCUCAGGUAGCGAGCGCAGAUUGAGCAGAUUGAGCAGAUUGAGCGAGAACCAUAAUGGAACGCCAUAGGUAGGGUUGAUUCACAAAUGAUGC